AUGACUCAUGGGGAGGAGCCUGGCCCUGAGACACACAAGGAUUCAGCUGUUCUAACUUAUCUGGAAGGUUUACUGAUGCAUCCCGUGGUGGCUGGGCCCGGGGCCACAGUAGGCAGGAGGUCUGAGGCUGCCCAUAGCAAUCAACAGCAGGUGGACAAAGGGGGCAGGCCGCCGACUCAUGGACCUACAGCUCCAGCUGCUGGAACCAAUGGGCCCUCCCUGGGUGCAACACAGCACCUGAAGAAGGCCCGGCUACUGCGCUCAGGGGCCUGGAACGAUUCAGCAAGCCAACGCAUAAGCUCCCCCUCAGUUGAAAUGAAUGGUCAGGGAGGGGUCAUACAAAAUGGAACUCUGGAAGGGUCUCCUCAUGCCGGGGAGAGCACCCUUUUGGCUUCACUGCUACAAUCUUUCAGUUCACGUCUUCAAAAUGUAGCCAUGUCACAGAACUCUGCUAAACCCGCUGGGGAUGUUUCUCCUCCCCCAAAGACCCCUCCAGAAAAGGAGCCUCUCCCUGUGUAUGGUACCGCUUCAAGUCGUUUGAAAGGUCUAAUGAGAAAAAACAAAAUUCAAAAUCAUAGCAACACGCCUUACAGUCGCAGAGGCCAUAGCCAAGACCGACCCCCAGAGUCCCCACACUCUGCCCACAGUGCCACACCCCCUACAGACUCCUGUGCUGAGCGUCUGAAGGCUGUGGCUAACAUGGUGAAAAUCCGCUCCAGUCCUGCACCUUCUCCAAAGCCCAGUGUGGCCUGCAGUCAGCUGGCACUUCUGUUAUCCAGUGAGGCCCAUCUCCAGCAGUACUCCAGAGAGCAUGCCCUCAAAGCCCAACUCUCUGAAAGGCUCAAUGCCCCUUUGCACCGAAUGACCAAUACACCUCUGUCAGAUGGACCCUCAGGCAGCUCCACCCCCUAUAGCCACAAGGAGCUCACGCCUCCUUCUUCCCAGAUUGAAAACCUUCUGGAGAGGCGCACUGUUUUACAGUUGCUUCUAGGGAACACUUCAGCCACCUCUACACCCAGCCGCAAAGAAAGGGCUUCUGGGAGUGGCCGGGCGAGCGUCGAGGUGACAGGGGGUCGCAAUGACAAGAGUCCCAGUGUUUCCAGCGUCUGUGACAGCUCCAAUGGACCUGCUUCAGAUGUAAAGGUCAAAAUGGAGCAUCUAGAAGAGAAGGGGCAGUUCUCUGGUACAUCUGAAGAACCAAGUAGCAGAAAAAGACCAGGUUAUGAAAAGACUUGCCGUCUGUCUGACCAUCAGCCUGACGUGAAAACAGAGCCACGGCCUGCAGAGGUCAUUGCAAAGUAUGGCCUUCUUAGUCAGCUGCUUAAACAACAAACUGCUACUUAUUACACUAGUAGUGCUGUCCACGUGGAGCCACAGCUCAGACAGGUGAAAGAGGAGCAAAGGGACUAUCUCAGCCCCAGUCCCAAAAAGAGGCGCCUUUUCUCUGAACGGACUGACACUUUAAACAAUAGCAACUCUCCCAGAGCAGUGGAACAUUGCACCCUAGGUUUUGCUUCUCCCGGUGUUCAGGAUAAGUUGGACCAGAGGAGAAGUCCGAAAGCUGAUGAAGCUCCACAAAGGAGCCCCCCAAAUGAGGUUCUGAGUAAAGAGAGUCGGGGCUUUAAUGUGCUCAAGCAGCUUCUUUUAUCAGACAACUGCUUGAAAGAGUUGUCCCCACAAUCCAGAGGCACCGCCAGUCCUUCUGUUUUGCAGCCUAAUGGUAAAGCCAAUGGAAGCAUUCACAGUCAGCCCUCACACAAUCACAACAUCCUCAGCCUGCCGGGCUGGAACCCACAUGGACACCUCAGUUCUGGGCCAGCUGGACAUAAUCGAGCACUGUCUUCCCCACCUGAAGCUGAUGGGCUCAGUCGAACCCAGUGGGGUCGUCAGCCGUCUCCAUGGCCCGUCUCUCAAAAACGGGAAACGCCUACUUUAGUUAAAAAGGAAGCUGAGAGUCCCAGUCGUUGGAGUGGUCCUGAGAAAGAGGAAGAUGAUUGUGACUCUAACCCCAACUCUCCUCGACUCUCUCGCUCCAACCCAAUCCUCUACUACAUGCUGCAGAAGGGCAGCCUUCAGCUAAGAAAGGAAAUGAAGAAUCAGUCGGAGGGCACACACUCUGUUGUUCGAGUCAAAGAGGAGCCAAUCAGUGACCUGCAUGCCUACGAACACAGCUCCCACGCCCAAUCACCCCCCCACAACGACAAGCACAGCCAUAAGAGCCGAGGGCUGAGCCAAUCAUCUGAAUAG